UUCAACGCGGAGGACGUCGGCCAGAAUCGGUUUUUCUACGGAAUUUUCGCGCGCGCGUUACAGUGAAAUCGCACGAACGAGUGACAUUGCAUCCACCGAGUGGAAGAUGAACUCGAUCAUGGCGAUGCCAAUGGAACUUCAGCUGCAACUGCAUCAACAGAUGCUUUUCCGUCAACAGGAAAUUGCUCUUCGAAGGCACAGACCAGAAGACAUACCGAAUCCGAGUGCAUGGACAGUACCAAGUUUAGGCGGGGGACCUCCUCUUUCUCCAGAUGUGAAAGUUGAAUUGCAAAACAGGGAAUUAUGGCAACAAUUUCAUGCAGAGACCACGGAAAUGGUUAUUACAAAGGUGGGCCGGCGAAUGUUUCCGUCGAUCCAACUGUCUGUCACGGGAUUAGAGCGUCGUGCUCGUUAUUGCGUGCUCCUCGAAGUGGAGCCGGCGUCAGAUCGUCGGCAUAAGUAUGUCGGUGGCGGUUUGAAUAAAGGCUGUGGGAAUGCACGUGGUUGGACAUCGGCUGGACCGGCGGAACCUCAGCCAAGAAUCGAUCGUAGAAUUUACCUGCACCCGGACAGUCCGGCGACCGGUGCUCAUUGGAUGCAACAUCCGCUUAACUUCAACAAACUGAAGCUGACCAACAACGCUGCCGAUCCUAGGAAUAACGUGGUCUUGACGUCGAUGCACAAGUACGUUCCACGGAUUUGGAUCAUUCGUUGUGACGAAGCUACCAGGCUGACCGAUUUAUACUCCCAUCCAGCUUCAUCGUUCAAGUUCAGAGAAACAGAAUUCAUUGCUGUCACUGCGUAUCAGAACGAGAACAUAACGAAGCUGAAGAUUAAUAACAAUCCGUUCGCGAAGGGAUUCAGGGAAACGGGUCAAUCCCGAUGCAAAAGGAAGUUCCAAACAAUGACGACGCAAAGGGGUGUAGUCGUGGUUCAGAUCGAGGACGACGAUGAGGAGACCGCGUCGUCGGAAACCGAGUCCAACAGGCCAUCGAGUCAUCUGGACGUUGCCAAUCAGAGGCCUAAGACAGCUUCCAGUGAGACCGGGAGUUUGGAUGACAGCGGUGUCAGCAGUUGCGGAGGAAUCAGUCCACCUCUCCCUUCAAUCGUUCACCAAAAUUCACAACUGAGGGAUCCCGUCGAUGUACAGCCUAAAUUGCACAGGCCGUGGAUUGAUUCGGCUAAACAGCAUUCGUCGUCCACAGUGGCCACGCCGUCGUCGAGUUUCACGCCAAGAUUCGGCUAUUUGAACCUGCCUGCGUAUUACUAUCGACUGUUUCCGUCUAUCACGACGCAGCCAGAUUUCAUGAAGAUACCGUAUCAAUCCGCGACACAAUUUGCAAAAUUUCAUUAGGAAUGUUUACGGAAUUUUUGUAAGAUGAAAUUAUAAGGCUAGAAUGAAUUUAUUGAAUGUUAGUAUAAUGAGAUUUUGAAUCCCAUUACGAGACGACGUACCAAAGAUUAUUGAAUUUAGACUGAGGACUUUUUAUUUCAAGCUACGUAUUACAAUUUAAUUUGGAUAGAUAUAUCAUUUUUAUACAGAUUAAUGAGCAGAUCCGAGUCUUCGGAAUUUUAUACGUGAAGUGUCUAAUACGAUUUGCACUUCGGGUAAGUGUGAAAAUUAUUGGGAAAAGGAAAAGAUGUCUUUCUUAGAUAUAUUUUAAAUCUUCGUCUAUAUUCUUGUUCCUGUUGUUGAUAGAGAGAUAUCAAAGAUAUUAUGAACGAUUAUCAGAGGAACUAACCGAAUGGCAAUAAUUAAAAGAAUAAUUCAGUUAGAAAUAAGUGCCUAAACAAACUGAAAUUGUAAAUAUUUGUAAUCUAGUGCCUUAUGCGAUGAACAAGUGUGAGAACGCCAGAAUUGAAAGAAUCAAAUUAUUAUUAAGGACACGUGGUUCCUUGACAUAUUACAAGUAUAUGGAGUCUACCAGUAUUAUAUGUAUUAUGCUACAUCACACAGCUACGCGUCUGUUCGUGCAUAUAUUUUGUAUCUUUAUAUAAUGUAUACUACGUUCCU